CCAUCUUCAACAUGUAGAUGCAGUGCUAUGGUGGUGUUUUGUGUGAAUAGAAGAAACAUGAAAAAUGUCCCAUAAAAGACAACAUCUUUAGUUUUAGUUUUUAGAAAAAUAAUAUAUGUACCGGAGGAAAAGGAAAGGAAGACGACAAUAAAUGAAUUUUAUAGACAUUGUUUAGGAUUUAUAAUGUAAAAGCUCUAGAGUAUUUCAUUUGGAUAGAAACCCCCUAAUUUAUGAUUUAACAAAUAAACUAUCCAAAUAAAUGUUUUUAACAUAACAGCUCGUCCAAAUAGUUUAACAAUACACUAGUUUCAUUUGUUAUUGUACUGUUUAACAAAUGUACUAUUACUUUUGAAUUAUUAUAAUUAAAAUUCAUUUAUUAAUUAUCUUAAUUUUCAAUUUUACACUAAUCUCUUCUCCAUCACUAUGAAUAAUGUAGAUUCAAUCUAUAGUUUAGAACUUGCUAAUCUGUUUUUUUUUUCUCAGAACAGUUCACUGGAAUUUUAUUUUAUCUCACUUGAUCAUAUUUAUGUUAUGAGCAUUUCGUUUGCUCCGUAUUUAUAAAACUAAAUAAUUUCUAAUAAUAAAUAUUAAAAUUUUUGAAUGUUGAUGACUAGGAUAUAAUUUGAGGAAUUCAAAAAAACCUUAUAAAUCUAUAUUCGACCUCACAUAUAUUAUUUGAAGAAAGUUAUAUUACAUACUUCCAUAGAUAUUAACAAAACAAUAGUUUUUUCUGGGUAAAAUAACAACAAUUACAAACUAAAAUCACAACACAAUCACAUAAUAAUAAAAACUUACACCACAAGUAAGCAUUCUUAUUUUGAUACAAACACACAACUACAUGAUAAUAUUUUUGGAAAAGAAAAAAAUAAAACACACAUGAUGGAUCAAAUAAUAUACCAUGAUGAUUCACUCAUUACUUAAUUGUUACCAGUCACCAUCGCAGUUGUCUGAGACACAAUGAUUAGCUCGUGACUUGAAAUUUAACUGAUUAGGCAGGCAAAGUUGCUUCAUCAACUCAAAAAUGUGAUCGCCUUUGACGAUUGUUUUAGGCCAAGCGGGUCUCCACUUCAUCAUGUUUUUCACGCCUUCUUCUUCCAUCUUUAACAUGUAGAUGCAGUGCCAUGGUGGUGUUUGUGUGAACAGAAGGAACAUAAAACAUUUCCCGGAAAAGACAACAUCUUAGUUUUAGUUUUCAAAAAAUAAUAUAUGUACCGGAGGAGAAAGAAAGGAAGACGACAAUAAAGGAACUUUAUAGACACUUUUAAGGAUUUUUAAUGUAAAAUCCCCUAGAGUAUGUUUCAUUUGGAUAGAAACCUCUUAAUUUAUGAUUCAACAAAUAAACCCUCCAAACCGUUUAACAAUACACUGGUUUCAUUUGUUAUUGUACUGUUUAACAAAUGUAUCAUUAUUUUUGAAUUAUUAAUUUUAAAAUCCGUUAAUUUAUUAUUUAAUAUUCAAUUCUACAUUAAUCUCCUCUCCAUCACUAUGUAUAAUGUAGAUUCCGUCAAUAGUUUAGAACUUACUCAUCUGUUUUUUUUUCUUUUGUUAGAAUAGUUUACCGGAAUUUUUUAUUCCACUUUAUCAUAUUUAUGUUUCAUUCGGAUAGAAACCCCUUAAUUUAUGAUUCAACAAAUAAACCUUUCGAGUAAAAUUUCUUAACAUAACAGCCACUCCAAACCGUUAAACAAUAUACUGGUUUCAUUUGUCAUUGUAAUGUUUAACAAAUGUACGAUUAUUUUUGAAUUAUUAUAUUUAAAAUGAUAUGGGAAAAGAUUCCGUCAGAAGACUUCAACACAUUAUAUUUUUGAAGACUUACGGGAAGUCACGAGGGUGAAUGCAAAUGCAUAAGCUCAACUUGUUAUUUUUAAUCAAUUUUUUAUAUCUUUUAAGGCCCCUCAGUUUUAGUUGUUCUAGCAAAUAAGCCCUAACUAUUGGGCUUCCUUUGUAUAGGCCCAAACCUUCGGGCUUCCUAGCACAGUAAUUAUAACACGACAAUGGAUUUGAUGUUCAAAAAAGAUGUCUUUCCGACAACAGCGAGUGAGAUGACGUCAUCGUGCAUAUCAACCUUUUUCACUGCAGUUUCCUUUUACUUUUCCUCGCAACUUCCCUUCUCUCUUUCUCCCUAAUCCUUAUCUUCGCCGUGUCUCUGCAUUUCUUCGAGAUUUAACGAACAUUAGGUGAACGGUGCAUGACGAGCGCAUCAGAACUCUUCUCUACUCGAAGAUCGCGUCCGGGCAGAUCCGACCCGGAUUUAGAAUCAGACCCUUCUCUGUAUCGACACCAUCAUCAUCGCCGUCACGGAAUCCAUCAUCAUAAUCACCGUCACGAUUCCGACGGCUGUGAUUCUCCCCGGCCGCGUCUCCAACGCUUCUGUCACCAUCUUGGCCUUCCGGAACGUAGACCUGCUCGUGACGUUCAAGGCACUCCACAGUAUUUGGAAAGUGAAAGUAACAGUUUAGGAAACCUAAAUGGAUCCGAGAGGCUUCCUGGAUCUGUUCUUCUCGCAAGGGCAAGACUUGUCCAAAGAUUGAGAGGCGUUUCUUUGACUACCAACAGGUCUGUACAGAUGGAAUCCUCAUUUCAUUCCACAGAUGGGGUUCAAGUGUCUUAUGAAUGUAACAAAAAGCCACAUGGUCUCACACAAGGUGCCAUUAAUGGUUUACACCGGCUAACUUUUAGCUCAGCCGGUGUUGAAACCGAGAGGAGAGAUUGCAGCAUAUGUUUAGAGAGUUUCACUAACGGUGACAUGCUUAUAUCCUUGCCAUGUACCCACAGUUUCCAUUCAUCGUGCUUAAACCCUUGGCUUAUAGCUUGUGGAGAUUGCCCUUAUUGCCGUAGAGCCAUAGCUAAAUGAUAUAGAAACCAGUAAAUAGAAUCUAGACAGAUCUUCCAGUUUUGUCGGGCAUUUGAUUGUUUUUUCUGCCACAUGUUUGUGUUUGUUAACGGUUAUGUUCACUGUAAUCUAUACUAUACUAAAAGGGAUAUAUACUCCCGUCUAAAGCUGUCCACGUCAGAUUAAUAAAUCAACGAAUCAGAAACUAUUAUUUGGCCACGUCAGUGCUGUUCCUGUCGACAGAAGAUCAUAACUGGUUCUUUGUUUGGGCUGUCUUUUCGUUUCUUAAACGGCCCAGAUCGAAUCCAAUCUCGCCACCCUAAUUUUAUCUGAAGUGUGGAAAGCAGCAUUGACGAUUCCACUUCGUCUUCACGCUCUCACCUUAAAUAUGGAACGAACGAACUAAUCUCUUCCCCUCCCGUCUCCACAGCUACAGCUAUAGCUACAGCUACCUCCAUGGAAUCCACAGUAUAGUCUCCCGUCUCCACCGGCUAGCCUCCCGUUGUUGUGUCUUUAGCGACGUCUCACAAUUACCAGCCAAACUGAGCUCCGUUUUCGGUUAAUCCAUUUCUGGGAGUCAAGAAACAUUACAAAAGGCAGGACCUUUAUUGGGUUGGAGCUCCUCCAAUGCGACGAACAGGGGAUUGUGGUUCAUUUCCUCCGCUCGUGCUCCAUGAUACUCGCCUCAUCCAAAGCAGAAACAACUUACAGCCUUCUGAAUUUUUACGCUAGCAGAAACAAGGAGAUUUAUCGAGUUACUGAUCAGAGUUUAACAAUUACUUUCUUGCUUAAUUUUUUUUCUCUCAGUGCUUGACGACAUCAGCCUUUUUAUUGACGGAAAGAGGUUAGGUUCCACUCUCAUGACGAUAUCCAAGGGUCUCAGCUCAGGGGUGAUCACUACAGUAAUCACAUGUCGUUUUUUGGUUCAUUUACAGUCAAAAGGGGGACCUGUUAAGAUUUACCUUUGGCACCAGGCUGCAAAAGAUUUCUAUAAGUAGUUCACACCCAGUGAAAACAAUCCCACCGUGCUUUUAGUCACGACGGUGAACACAAAACGCCUUGCAGGUAACUAUUUCUUCCUUAAGGAUACCCAACACUGCUAAUCCUCACGUUUACUGUUUUGCGAAGCUGUUUGUCAUCUGUUGGUACUGUUAUCCUUAUUUACCUACCUGAUGUAUUUUGAAAAUGCAUAGGCAGUAGUGUGGAUAUUAAAGAUAUUUAUUUUAGAUAUUUUGCUUUCACUCAUGAUCUCGAACUUGAAAUAAACAUACUUGUGCCAAAUAGUGUCCUCUUCAAGAAAUCACUGCAUCGAUGUUCUUAUGUUAGUGAGUGACCAUUGUAAAUUAGACUUUUAUUACUAAAAGCUCAUCAAGUUCAGGUUAGUGUCUAACAUUGAUUUAGUUUUCUCUCCACGCAACCUCUAUAUCAAUGCUUGCUUGAUAUGUUUUAAAAAGCGUUUUGUUGACUUUGAUUGCUUAUAUCUCAUAAAUUUCAGGUUGAUUUCUAACGUAGAAUUACGUUGCUGUUCAAGCGUAUGUGUUAAUUAUGACUUUACCAAUAUGUUGCCAUUUGUGAAACCACGUCACUAACAUGUCUUUUUUAAUGAGUUAACCAAAAGCAGGGAAUUUAGCUCUCAGUUCUGUGGCAUCCUCACGUGUCUUCAUAGACAAAGUUGUCCAGCCGACUAUUGAUUACUUCAGCUGGUUCAGUUCUAACCCAGGGAUUGCUACUCUGGUUAAUGCUGAGGAGGUUACUAAAGCUGAGCCAAUGACAAUUCUGCAAAUCUUUGCUUACAUACAGCUGGAAUCUGCCGAGGUAAAAUAAAAGCUUAAGAUAGCUAAGUUAAAAACGUUAGUUCAUCUUGAGAUCCCACUUGCUGCCGAUGAUGUAGUUGUUGGGCCUUCUGCAAAUGUAGUUAGUGCAUUUUCAAAUGGCUGUGGAUUCAUUGCUGAUGAGAGAAAUUGGAGUGGCAGUGCCAUUGACAAAUCGCAUAAGGCUAAGCGUGCAAAACAUGGAAAAUUAAGCUUCUAGCACUCAUUCCAUUCGGUGCAUUAUGGUUGUCAGAUUGAGCCAAGACUAUGAUUUGUCGUUUUAUUUUGAACUUCCACUCUUGCUUUGGUCUAAUAUUUGCAAAGAAUAUGCUUCUUUGUUUAGACUUUGAUUCAUUAGAAUGCUUAAUGAUUUACAGCUUUCAAAAGAAGCACUUGGUAUCUUAUACUAUGACUACUGUAGCUCAUCAAUUUUUCUCUGAUCAUUUUAAUCGCUAUCAGACCCGUUUGCUGAUGCGAAUGCUGAGGACUCAGGUGCGGGAACAAAGGAGUACGUCCACAUCCGUGUGCAGCAGCGCAAUGGUAGGAAAAGCUUGACAACAGUCCAAGGGUUGAAGAAAGAGUAUAUUUACAGCAAUAUACUUAAGGACCUCAAGAAAGAGUUUUGUUGCGACGGUACAUUGGUUCAGAGUCAUGUUCAUGUUUAUUUUACAGCAAGAUACUUAAGGACUUCAAGAAAGAGUUUUGUUGCAACGGUACAUUGGUUGCAAACACAAUAAUUUCAUAUAAAUAAAUAUAUUAUCAA